AUGGAUGGCUUCAAGAGCGCUGCACAAGCUUACUUCAACGAUGAGAAAUUCUCAGACCUCACCGUCGUUUGCGCCGCCACGGGAAAGACCUUCAAGAUUGAGUUCUUCUACAAGUUCGACUACAGCAGCGACAUCCCAAUCGCCGAGGAACUCGCACAGGGAGUCAAAGUUGACCCGGAAGAAGAGUUCGCGACGCAAAAGAUCGAGUGCAAGCUUGAGUUACAUGCCUGGAUGUACUCCAUUGCUGAUAAGUACGAGAUCUCGGACCUUAGGAACCUGUCUCUCGCGAAGUUUAAGGAGGAGCUGCGAAAUCCGAAGAUGACGCGCACCGACGUUGAGCUUGUGGUCAGUCUCAUAUACUCUGUUCUGCCACUGCCGGAGGGCGACACAUCCUUACGCGAAGCAGUCGUCCAUCAGGGGAUCUGCAUUGUGAUAAAAUCACGGGAGAAGCUUGAUGCGAACGAGCUUCUCGCAAUCUCUCGCAGCCAUCCGGUCUUUGGAGUCAGUGUCCUGCGUCGCUUCAUAAACUCAUUCACAGCUGUCUCCUUCAAGUGCACACAUUGCCAGAAGGUCUAUGAAGCAUCUCGCGUCCGGGAUCAGUCUCGUUGUCCAAAUUGCUAUAGCCAGCGGGAUUACACGUCCAUCAGGCUAACUGGCACUAUCGAUAUGGACAACGUCUAA